UUUUUUUUUACAAACUGAAGGCAAGACCUGUCACCAACAAAAAGAUUACGGCUGGCUUUAUUGUCAUACUUCAUUAUGGUGUUCUGGAACUGCACCCGCACUAUCUCUGAGGCCUCUGAGAUGAUCCUUAAAUGCCAUGCCUCAGUUUCCCCAUCUAUAGGAUGAGAUCAUGGUGCAUGUGGCACAAGUACGUCGUGAGGAAUAAAUGAGUUUAAAAUCAUCGAAUGGAAUCAAUUUGCAUUCGAAAAUUGGACCAACACAAAGACUUGACAUUGUGGAAUGACCAGCAAACAAGCAAUGUCAUCUAAAGAACAAGAAAGGCUCCUGUGUUGUAAUGGGGAAGUCCUUGUUUUUCGAUUGUCUAAAGGGAGUUUCUCACAUAAAGGGCCUGCAGAGAUACCAGUAUUACAUGUCAGAAGAAUGGUAUUUGACAGAGGAACAAGAACAUUUGUUCAGAAGUCCACUGGAUUCUUUAGCAUAAAGGAAGAAAACUCUUAUUUAAAAAUUUUGUGUUGCGACUGUGUGUCGGAUUUCAGAACUGGAAUGAACCUCCCUUAUAUUGUGAUACAGUGCAAUGAAAAGAAUAAUGUUUUCAAAUAUUUUCUACUAUUUCUUCACAGUACCAAUAAAUUUGAAAAGCGUUUGAGUUUUAGACUAGGCCAUGAGUUGAAGGAUGGCAUAAGGGUCUUUAACGGCCCUUUAAUUUUAUGGAAACAUGUCAAAACAUUCUUCUAUAUCUCUUCCCAAACUGACAAAGUUAUCACUCUGUCCUUUAACUUUUCUUCUAUUGAGUGGGUAGGGGAGAUUGGAAAUCUAGGUGUGGUUUUAUUAGGACAAAAGAAAUGUUGUUUAUCUGAGGAAGAAUGCACCCCAAAGCCUUCAAAAUCAGAUUACGCAUUUUGGAAUACCAAGUUUUGUGUAUACUCCCUUGAAAGUGAAGAAUUAAUAAGUGAUACAUACAUUAUCCCUCCUGCUUAUAGCAGUGUGAUAACUUGUGUGCAUGUCUGUGCAACUGACAUUGUCAACAGCCAGCUAAGAAUGUCUCUGAUUGCCCUUACUCGAAAAGACCAGCUGAUUUCAUUCCAAAAUGGCACUCCUAAAAGUGUGUGCCAGCUGCCGUUUGCAGAUCCUCGUGCAGUUCAACUUAUGGAUUCAGGCGGAGACCUCUUUUUCCUUGUAUCCUUUAGGUCCAGUGAAGUUUGUGCUGUUUGGGAAAAGAACUUUCAGGUUGCUGCAAAAUGGGAAAAAAUUAGCUCAGUGCUAAUAGAUGACUUUGUUGGAACUGGAACUGAUCAAGUACUGCUGCUUUUUAAGGACUCUUUAGAUUCAGAUUGCCUGAGUUCAUUUAAAAUAACAGAUCUUGACAACAUGAACUAUUCAAGCGAAACACCGGAUUGUAAUGAAGAUGACUUAUUUGAAGACAAACAAGAUAAGCUGGUUCCAGCUCUGGAAAGAAGAGUGAAAGUUGGAUUGGCUUCUAUUCAGGAAUUACAGCAGCAUCUCUUACUUAAGGAAAAAAUUAUUUUAAAAUCCUCCAAAGCUUUUAUGAACCUGGUUCAAGGGAAAGAAGAUAGUACAUCAAGUGCAGAGGAGGAAUGUCUUGUUACUCUUUGUGGUAAAGAAGAAAAUCCUGUCCAUACUUUUGAUGAAAAAUCAUCAGACAAUUCUCAAGGUUCAGAACAGCUAGUAGAGAAGAUAUGGUAUCGUGUAAUAGAUGAUAGCUUGGUUGUUGGAGUGAAAACCACAUCUUCUUCGAAGCUGGCCCUGAACCGGGUGACUUUAUCAUUGUUAAUGGAUCAGCCCCAAAGCUCCUGCUCUCCGCUUAUUAAGUGUCAAAAUAGGGUGAUCAUGUUGAGUAGGGACUCUUUUCCAGAACCAUGCUCAGUGCCAUAUGAAAUAGGAUCAGAGGCAAAAAGGAUCAAGUUGACCGUCGAUGGUAAAGAAGAGGAAAAGGAGAGCUUGGUUUGUGAACAACCAGCUGAAAAAGAAUGUGUACAGAUCAUUACUGCUGUAACACCUCUGUCGCCUCUCUUAGCAUUCGUUCAUUUUUGUUGCAUCGUGCUACUACAAAUUAGGGAGAAAGAAAAUGGUAACUGUUCUGAGCAUCGUUGUAUUCCAUGUGGCAGAUUUUUUAUAAGUCUUGAAGAUUUUUCAAAUGAGAAAUACCUAGUGACAUUUCCAAGGAAACCUAUAGAACACAUGGAAGAUCUCCUUGCACUUCUCACAACAUUGCACAAAACUUGUUUUCAAAUCACAUCGCCGAGCUAUGCCCUGACUUCAAUGAAGGCAUGGCUCCUGGAACACAUGAAAUGCGAAUUCAUCAAAGGAUUUCCAGAAAUUUGCUUUUGUAAAGGGCCAGAAAGUUUGUAUGGGACACUCUUCAGCUGGAAACAAAGAACACCAUUUGAAGGGAUUUUAAUAGUCUAUUCCAGGAAUCAAACAGUUUUGUUCCAGUGCCUUCAUAAUCUCAUUAGAGUUCUCCCUACAAACUGUUUCUUCAAACAUCUAAAAUUAGGAAGUGAGGAUUUCCUAAUUGAUCAUUUGGCAUUAACUUUGGAGAAGGAAUUGGUUAUCCUUGGUUCUCUUUCUUCUGCCUUAGUUAAAGUUGAAAACAACUUGGUGCAGAGGUGUGAAGCAAGCAAAGAAAAGAGUAGUGGCAUUGUGGCUGCUUUAUCAGACAGAAAAGAAAACAUCCAUCCCUACAGAGAAGAACUUCAGAGAGAAAAGCAAACGUUGGGGACGAACCUAAAAGUGAGUGGUGCCCUUUAUAGAGAAAUGACUUUGAAAUUAGCUGAGGUUCAGCUGAAAUCAGACCUUGUUGCACAGAAACUGAGUGGUUUAUAAUUAUAAUCUCAAUUUGAUUAUAUUUUAAAAUAUUUGUCCCCUUCCAGAACAUUUCGUUUCCACUUUUUUUCCGUUUUCCAUUAUAGGCUUCCUUUGUAAAAAUUUUAAUUGAGGCAUUUUGUAGAAUCUUAGGUUUUGAUGAUGUACAAAAUAGCAUGUCUUAGAGCAGCAGUUCUCAACGGGAGUAGCAGUGGUAUUUUGCCUCCAUCCAACCCCUUCCCCCUUCCCAGGGGUAUCUGGCUUGUUUGGAGACAUUUUUUGAUUGUCAGAAGUAGUGGGGAGUGGGAGGGUGAGCCAGGAGUGCUUAUUGCCUCUGGUGGGUGAAGGCCAGGGAUGCUGCGAAGCACCCUAAUCUGCACUGGACAACCCCCCAGGAAAGCAUGAUCCUGCCCAAAAUGCCGAGGUUGAGAAACUCUUCCUUAGAGUUACCACCUAAGUGAAGACCGAAGUGAUCUAACAGUAUUUUGGUCUAAAUCUUCAAAAAAACUUAAGUAGUCCUUCCAAUGUAUUAAUAAAGCGUAGCUUAGAAAAAUCAACUUCAAAUAGAUAAACAAGUCAUCAGGAUUCACAAAUUUCUGUAAACACCAAGUUCCCAUGGAAAUUUAAAUGGCUAGCGUCUGGGUGAGACCAUUAAGAUGAAAGUGUUUGGAACCCUUAUUAAUUUAAAAUUUAUUAGAAAGCUUCUCUGAAAUUGCCUAAGUCUAUAGGAAUGUGAAAAUUUUAGGGCAUUUCUCUGAAAAGCAUCUCUCUUUCGAAAGGCUGAACAUACCUCACAGGCCACUCUUAAAAUUCAAAAUGCCUUUAAGCCAUCCGAAAUUCCAACUCUAGGCAAACCUGGAAUAUAAAUUUCUAACUAAAAGAAUUUAAAGAAUGUAGUGUUCUUCAGGAACUGAGAAAUUUAGAAAUAAGUGAAAAUUCACUUCAGUUAAGUGAUUUUUACGGGGUCCAAUGAAACAUUACAAAGGGAUAAAAAUUCAACCUAUUCUUUUUUUUUGGUGAGGGGAGGAAUAAGAAUUCUGGAGUAAUAAGAGAACAUCAAGAGAGGAAAAAAAGACACAAAAGGAUAUGGGCCAGAAGGAAUGUUUCUGAUCCUUUUUGCUCUAAAAUCCGUUAAGUGAGAUGGAAGUUUCCAGCUCAGUUGAAAGAAAUAAAGAUGAUUAUAGAAAGUGGCAUUUCAAGCUUGCAGCUAAUUCCCCACAUGCCUUAGAAGUGCUCGUACCUAAUGAUCUGGUGACGCAAAUGGGUUUUAGAGAAUGUAGGUUAUUUUCUCGUCUCAGUUUUUAUGAUUGUCCAUAUAAUACGCUAGCUCUUUUUUUUUAGUAAUCCUCUGCAAAUUGAGACAGCUCUAUUUCUAUGAAAUGGCAAAGAAAAAUAUGUCAGACCUUCUGGAAAUGGAAACGGCAUAAUUUCAGGAUUAAUUGUGGAACUCUUGAAGCAAUAUAUGUCAGUAGACACAUUGAAACUGUCCAUGACAAGUUCUGAAAGAACAACCAAGUAUAAAAUACAGGAACUCAAGUGGGAGGUGGAGGCUGUCAAAAAACGAAACCGAAUUUAAUUGUAAUAGUUUAUCUGUAGGAAAGUUAGGAUAAUAAAAAUAGUGUGUUGCUUAUUUUUUACUUAUAAAGGCAACCGAAAGGUAUUCAUCUAGAUAUACCAAAUAACAUCCUUACAAGU